CGCGGACGCGGAGGCGGCGGCCACACGACCGGAGGCGCCUGAGAACGAUGAGGACGAAGAGGAAGCGCUGCCGCACUCCGAGGCGGUGGACGUGUUCCAGGAGGGUCUCGCCAUGGUGGUACAGGACCCACUGCUCUGCGACCUGCCGAUCCAGGUUACUUUGGAAGAGGUCAAUUCCCAAAUAGCCCUGGAAUAUGGCCAAGCAAUGACAGUCCGAGUGUGCAAGAUGGAUGGAGAAGUCAUGCCUGUGGUUGUAGUGCAGAAUGCCACGGUCCUGGAUCUGAAGAAGGCCAUCCAGAGAUACGUGCAGCUCAGGCAGGAGCGUGAAGGGGGCAUUCAGCACAUCAGCUGGUCCUAUGUGUGGAGGACAUACCAUCUAAUCUCUGCAGGAGAGAAGCUCACGGAGGACAGGAAGAAGCUCCGAGAUUAUGGUAUCCGGAAUCGGGAUGAGGUGUCCUUCAUCAAAAAACUGAGGCAAAAAUGAAUCUCCAAAUAAGGACAACUCUGCUGGUGGCCAAGCUCUUCCCCAGCGAGCGGAAGCUUCGGGUCACUGUCCCUAUUCACAGAAGAGUGUUGAGGUGGACUCGCCCGGCUGUGCACAACUGGAACUGUCUGUGAACCCUGGGCCCUCCCGAGUAGGACUGGGUGAGCCAGUGCUCAAGGCCUGGGCUGUGGGCCUGGCCCUGUGUACAGAAUAAAUCUCUUUGCUUCUUAGUUUGAAACGUCAAAAAGCCACAGUACCAGGACAUGGGGGCCUAGCGCAGCCCCAUCACGGGAGGCAAGGGGCAGAGAAUGGUGCAGGUGAGCCCUAAAGUCUAAGAUGCCACCCGACCCUGUCACUAUGAUCCCUGCAGCAAGGAGAAAAUAAAAGCAGAGUGGCUGGUCUUCUGCUUCUGCCUGUGGAGAAACAAAGGACCUGUGUGCGAGAGCACGACCACGAGGCCUCCGGCCUCAGCCCACAGGGUUCAUCUGCUCGGUGCCCUCCCCCUGGCUCCUGGAGCGGGAGGUAGCCUAGGGCUGAAGUUGGAGCUGAUGGCUGGGUGAUGGGGGCACCUCUAAGUGUGUGUGAGAAAAGGUGACAGUUCAUCCAUUGGCCUGUGCCCACUGUUCCUACCAGUUCCUCUAAGGAAGGGGAGCGAGGUGGGUCCCCCUGGCUUGGGGACUUCACUGGGGAGAGAUGUUUCGGACACCUGUCAGAAAGGAGGAGGCAGCUCUGGUCAAGUUAGUGGCAGCUAAAACGCUCCCAGUCCAUUUAUUGGCCACAUGAGGUGGUCGUCAAGAGACUAGUUAGAAGGUAAUCACAGGAACUAGUGUAAUAAAUGCCCAGAAGUACAAGAGGUUCAACAGCAGUGAACAAGGCACAAGAGGUCUGCUUGCUGACAGUCCUGGGGCCUCUGAGGCUCGGGGUGACAGUCUGCCUGGCUCCAGCCUGCUGGAGACCGGUGGCCCCAGCGCCCCGGCCACUCAGUGGAGCUGGGCGUCCAGCUCGUACUUCUCACAGAACUUGUCAGUGAAGGGGAUGCAGGUGAGGAACUCGCACCACUCGCAGCGCACGGGGUAGAAGUAGAAGAGGACCACCAGGCCAGCCAGGAGGCCCAGGAAGACCACCUGGAAGACGAUGAUCUGGCAGCGUUUACGGUACAAGUCGAACCUGCCGAAGCUGAUGUAGGGCAGGAAGGCAAAGGACAGGAAGAGGCCGCUGACGAAGCCGGAGAUGUGGGCAAAGUUGUCGAUCCAGGGCAGCAGGCCGAAGGUGAAGAGGAAGAGGACCACCGCCAGCAGCUUGAAGAAGGCGCGCCAGGGCCGAGCCAGGAUCUGCCAGCUCUGGAAGAGCUCCACGAAGAGGCAUGCCAGGAUGCCGAACUGCGAGCCGGCUGGGCCCACCUGCGGGCAGCGGGCAUCUGAGCAGGACCCCGGGACCCACAGCCAUCCCACGUCACAGUCCAGAGCAUAGCAGGAUUGGGGAGCCAAAUGGGAUGCUCCCAGGCUGGGCUGGGGACAGCCUUACCUCUGCCCGGUAUGGCAGGAAAAUGGCACUGGCUAGGUUACCGGUGACACCACUCAACAAGUAGAUGAUGGCUAUGCGGUGCCAGCCUGCUAGCUUCUCCAGGUCUCGAAGGACAGUCAUCUGGAAGCAGACCGACACCAGGCAGUGCAGGAUGCUGUGGGGGCGGGGGGGCAGGGCACUCAGCAGGGAAGACCGCCCAUCAGCCCCUGGCCAGCCUCCUGGGGUCCCUGAGACCACCCAAGCCUGCUCAGCCCAUAUGGUGUCACUUGCCCAGCGUGCAAGAAGAGGGACAGCCACAGGCGGUAGAACUGGUCAGGCACCUCGGGGUUGAGGAAGGGCAGGAGCCCGCACACGU